GAAUAUCCAUCCCGAGAGUUACAUACAUGUCACAACCUUCAACUGGAAUAUUCAAUGAGACAGCCUUCAUAAAUAACGUGCCUUGUUCUCCCCGAUCUGGAGGAGCGUGCUCAAGCGCCUCAAAAUCAACCGAGCAUGAGCUCGAGCAUGAUGCAUCUUUGGACCAAACAAGCCAAAAACCUUGCACACCCUAAAAAAGAACCCUGGCCAUUUUGAUCACCAUCAUUUACCUACCUGUUGCAACCAAGCACUCAGCACAUUAUUGUCCAACAGCCUGUGAAUUUAUGUGACAUGACAGCUGAUGACCUGCAAGUGGAGCUCUAUAUUUGGCCUGAGCAAAGCUCGUACCGUUCCAACUACAAGGAAGAGACAGACCACCUAAUGUGUUUCAGUCUCAACUACCGGGUAUCAAUAGAUCAUCCACGCCACAGCAUGGGGCCCAAUGUGAGGCAGUGAAGAAAACUGAAAGGAAUUCAACUCCUGAUACUCCAAGAGAAUACUAGCAGGACAAGGAAGCUUGCAGACUUUGCAACGCCCGCAGUCCUUCAAUAGCACGCAGCUGCAAACUGGCGUGAGCUCGUAUGCAAUCAAUCCGAUAUUAACAUUUCACUGGUGCAGCAUCCAUCCGAUUGAAAGGCACCCGUCUGGUUCAUCCUCUGCAUGGUAUGCACCACGCACCUCGCCAUGUUGCACUGCUGAAUCUGUAAGCAGGUAACAAUAAAAAUCCUCUUUCUCUGCAGCUG